AUGUGUCACUGGGACGUCCCUUUGAGUCAUUCCAAAAGGAUACGGCACUGGGAAGCGCCUUUGAGUCUGCUCGACACAAGCCACGUGGAGCAGAUACUCGUGUAUGAGUACAUGGAGAACCGGGACCUAGAGAGCUGGAUUGGACCAGGUUCGGUGCGUCCUCUGUCGUUGUUCCAACGGCUGGACAUUCUGAUUGGAGUGGCCAAGGGGUUGCAAUACCUGCACAGCUUCGGCAUUGUGCAUCGGGACAUCAAGCCUGCCAAUAUCCUCCUGGAUGGGAAAAUGCAGGCCAAGAUUGCUGACUUUGGUCUUCUGAAGCUUACUGGGGGAACUGCUACGGCUGCCACUCGAGUGAUGGGAACACCGGGCCAUGUGUACCCAGCUUACUUCGAGUCACAAAAUCCCACCACAGCAGGAGACAUGCAUAGCUUCGGUGUGGUGAUGCUGGUGGUGAUAUCGGCACGCAAGGCAGUGCAUGUGAGCGAGACCGGCGAAACCAGCCUCAAGCAGUGGGUGAGUUUCUAUCGUUAUAAAGUGUUCAAGGAUCCCUACCUGGACGCACCAGAUGACUUGGUGCUGCGCUGGGCUCGCCUUGCCCUCUCCUGCACCGCCAUGCCUGCAGCCUCCCGCCCCUCCAUGAAUCAAGUGCUGGGGGAGCUGGUGAAGUUGAAGCAGGAGGCGUUCGGAGUGCAUGUGAGCAAGGCAAUAUCUCGCAUGGACAUUGAGAGUGGCGGUUCUUCUGUUGGCAGCUCAUCCGGCUUCACUGCUGAACUGGCCCGUGCGGAGCACAUGGGACUGCAAAGUGGCUCCUUGACUAGUGGUUCCUUGUCUUAG